CGAGUGCGCAAUAAAGGGUUGGCCUGGCCCGAGGGAACGUCGUAGGCUCGUCGCAGUCGAGUGGCUUUUGCCGAGUGCGAGUGUUUAUCCGCCGUUUGUCCGCGCCACUUUCAUUCACGAAACCGACCCUGUUCCAGCCGUCCCCCUCGUGUGCGUGUGCGCGCGCGCGCGCGUGUGUGGUGUGUGUGGUGUGUGUGUGUGUGCGCGCGAGUAUACGUGUACACAGUUUACUCGGUUUGCUCGUUCGCGUUCCCGUGCCCGAAAGGAGAUUGGAGGCGUGCACUUUUGCAUCGGGGAGUAUCGAGAAGAGACGGAGGGGAAGAGUCGAGUGGUCGAGGCGUGUCACUUCCGUGUACAGUUGCUCAGUUUAUCGAGUGUUGCACGAGGGGUGGCGGUGCUGGAGUAGUUCAUUUUCGUUUGUCGCGACCACUGUGCGCACAAAUAUAUAUAUAUAUAAUAUACGUCUGUGUGUGUGUAUAUAUAUAUAUAUAUAUAUUUUUUUUUUCUAACCUCUACUACGUUGGAUCGAAGUACCUUCUCUUUUCGCGUGAGAAAGAGGGAUAGAGAGAUAGGGAGAGAGAGAAAGAGAGAGAGAGAGAGAGAGAAUAGAGAUGCUGUAGGGUGAGAGAAGGAAGAUUGAUAAUCUUCGAGCGUGUAUGGUGGAUUAUGCGUGAUCGUAGAAAGGAGGAAGUGAGGUAAAAGUGUUUUUUCGAGGCAAAAGCGGGCCGGCGAGCGAGGGGGCUCCGGGAUUCGAGCAACAGGAAAAUACGAGCUCGAUGCCGGAGGCUUCAGGGUCAGAGGUGGCCGACGAGUCGGAUUAUUCGAUUUUCGAGAAUAAGGCCGGCUUGGCCGAGGAUAUGAAGUUUCUGGCAAGUAUGCCGGAACUAUGCGACGUGACCUUCCUCGUCGGUGAUACCAAAGAACCUAUUUGCGCUGUGAAGGCUGUUUUAGCGGCCAGAAGUAGAGUUUUUCAAAAAAUGUUUUACCAGGCGCCAAGUCCACAACGUAAAAAAGAGCCGGCACCGAAAGAGAAUAAAAUCCGCCUGUUUCUAAAGAGAAGCUCGGAACCGUUGUUGAAUCUGCAGAAUGCAGCGCAACAGCGGUCAGGGUUCGCUCAGCAGUUGGCUCCCAUACAAGAGCCGAAUCAGCAUCAUACGGUGAUCAUCGAGGAAUUUGAACCUGAUGUGUUCCGCCAGCUGAUCGAAUACAUUCAUACCGGAUGUGUGACGUUGCAGCCUAGAACAUUAUUGGGAUUGAUGAACGCUGCUGAUUAUUACGGAUUGGAACAACUGAGGAAAGCUUGCACAGGAUUUGUGCAAUGUUGUAUAACAGUGGACACGGUGUGCGCUUUAUUGGCGUCAGCUGAACGAUACAUUCAGUACAAGUGUACAAAAUCCUUGGUUCAUAAGGUAUUUGAAUUCGUCGACGAACAUGGCAACGAAGUGUUGAAUUUAGGCUCGUUCACCCUUCUUCCUCAACACGUGGUUCGUUUAAUCCUCGCUAGGGAAGAGUUACGUGCUGAUGAAUUUACCAAAUUUCAAGCGGCCUUGAUGUGGAGCAAGAAAUACUGCGAUAGCAAUCAGAAUCAAGAUCUGAAGGACGUAAUAGGCAACUUUCUGGAGUACAUUCAAUUUCACAAGAUUCCUGCAAACGUGCUUAUGAGGGAGGUUCACCCUCUGGGCCUGGUACCUUCGGGGAUCAUAGUGAACGCGUUGGCCUAUCAGGCAGACCCGACCAGUGUCGACCCCGGAAAGCUCUCCCCCCACAAAGUGAAGCACCAGGACCGUAGUCUGUCGGUGCAAUCCUCGUUGCAGGACCAAUUCGGGAGCAACACGUCACUGAGCUCGAGCGGUUCAUACGAGGGGUCCGACGAGAAACAGCAUUCAGGUAAAUACGGCAUAGCGGAGCAGGAAAUACGGGAGCAGGAACAGUGGCAGAAGCACAGGCAGGAAGAGGAGGAUCUGCAACGGCUGAUCGAGCAGAGGAGUCAGUAUCAAUCGAUGAGGCAGGACGAGGUGCAACGGCAGCACGACGAACAGCUGAUCAGAAGGCAGGAGGAGGAGUUGAGGAGGCAGGAGAUGCAGGAGGAGUUCGAGAGGAGGCAGAAGAGUAUGAAGAAGAAGAAGCAGGAGGAGGAGUUGAAGAGGAAGAGGGCAGAGGAGGAGUUGAAGAGGCAAAGGGAGGAAGAGGAGCAGAGGAAGAAGCAGGAGGAGGAGUCGAAGAGGCGGAGGGAAGAGGAGGAGGAACAAAGGAAGCGGAGGGAGGAAGAAGAAGAAGAGAGGAAGAAGGUGGAAGAUUUGACGAAGCAAGAGGACGAGAAGAAGAAGAAACGAUCGGAAAUGGAAUUGAGAAACGAGGAAGAAAAGGAGAGUUUGGAGAAACAUCGAAAGGAGGAGGAUCUGAGAAAGGCAGAUCAAGAGGAAAUUCCGCAGAAGAGAUUGAAAAGUGAAGAAGAUGAGAAACGGCAGGAAUUGGAGCAGCGAUUAAUGAUCAAAGAUCGGGCUCGAGAAGAAACAAUUGAAUUAAAGGAAGAGGAAAAAUUGGAUGGACAGGUGGAAGAAGAGAGACGAAGAGAGCAGGAAGAGUUGUUGAAACAACAAAAGGAAGAGGAGCAACGAAGAAUUCGAGAAGAGAAGAAGAUGCAAUUACAGCUGCAGGAAUUGAAAGCCCAUUGGACGUCGCAGCAGGAGGUAAUGUUGAUGAUGCAGGAGGAAGCGUUGCAACGACAGAUAGAGGAAAGAAGAUACGAGGAUGAAUGGGAGAGCAGACAAUUCCAGCAAUUGCAAUUGCACAUAGAGGGUCGAAAACCUGAGGCGGAGAAGAAGUUGGAGCAAAGACAGAUAACGGAGCGAAAAAGAGGGAGGAAGAGGAAGGAGGGAAGAGUGGAGAUUAGAGUGCACGAAGCUGAAUCGCCGAAGCGUGAACAGCAACUCCAGCAAUCACAACUCGCAGAUGGCGUUACUGGUUUCUACAUAAAGAUAGUCGUGAGACAGGAAGGCAGAGCCAAUUUAGUUUGGUUGUUCAAAACGCACAAAUUUUGAAUGAUUCUCGUUUCUCAACGUCCUCUUUUCUCGGUUUGCCACUGCAAUUAAAGUUUAUAAUUAAUUGAUUAUUUUCGAGAAAGAAGAUUAUUCCAAGGUAUGACUAUCAUUCUUCGUAUCGUUUAAAUAAUUUUUGUCUCAAGUGAAAAAAUUUUCACUUUACGCGUAACGAAUCGUUGUUUUUCUUUUUUUUUUCCUCUCUCUUUUUUUUUAAUAUACAUUGAUAUAAUUUUUUAUCGUUGUAUUAUACACAGAUAUUUAAGAUAAGUGUAAAGAGAUGUUCACUCAUGAUGGUUGUUAAAUUCAGACCGAAUGUCUGUACGUAGAUAAGAUACGUGCUCAUUGUUGAAAUGAUUUAAUAGAAUAUAGUUAAAUCUUAUUGCGAUAUAUCGUUAUUUUAAGGGUAUUUAUAAUUUGUACAAUGUCUGUGAGAUCUCUAAAUUCAACCGGAGAAUUAUGAGUUCCGCUGCUCAAAAAGAAAUUGUCAGAAAAUUAUACGGUCGAACCUAUUUACCUCUAAUAAAACUUUCAUUGUUAAAGUAUCAUUUACGGUAUCAUUUACGAUUCGAACGAUUGAUUUAUCCUAGGGAAUUAUCCGGGAAACUGGCAAAAUAAUUCUCCGAUUGCUUCCAGCGGUGUAUCAACAUGAAACGUAACUGUUAUCGACACCGAUUUUACGAGUGUUAAUUUUACAACUGACACGUUAACGACUACUUAUAUACAAUAAUUUACAUACGCUGCCUGUCUCUGAAUUCCCCGGCCACUUCUUCAAUCUAAUCAUUAUCAAUUACGCGGUGUCACGCCAGUAAUGAAAGAACACGAGUUUCGUCGACAUCAAUCAAACUCCUCGCUUUCUUGUGAAUCAAGUAACUUCAUAAUAAUUUAUUAUUGCUCUCAGCCUCGAAUUUUUUUUUUUUAUUCUUAUAACGGCUGUUAUAAAGCGAUAGACUGUCUGAAAUAUAUUUUACGCCAAGCAUCUCGAACAUCCAUUUCGAUCAUUCGAAGAAAAAAAUCUGUUUUUCUAUUCCGUUCGCAAAAUUGGACCAUCUAACUUUAAUCAUUUCUCAAUCAUUUUUGUGGUCAGCGAAUAACAAUUUUUUCUUUCUAUCAUAUAUGAUAUUUUUAAAGAAGACACAAAAUUAAUUUUGAAGAUGCGUGUCUUUGCUUUGAGUAAGAUCAUCUUCGUUUAUUAGUGAUGGAUAAUAAUUAUUGGAGUAUACGUAAAAAAAAAAAAAAUGUAAAUAAUAUUAAAAAUUUACUGUAAAAUAAAAAUUACGAAAAAUUAUCCUUCGUUAUCGUAUUAUUUGUGACAAGAAAAUUUUUAUCAAAAUCCAUAUAUAGCGGAAAUAAAUUAAAAUAUUCAUGUUAUAUGGUCCAUUCUAUAGUAUAGCAAGUAUUACGAUAAAAAUUGUUGAAAACGUCACAAUAAAAAUUAUUGUUAAAAAUUGAAAAAAAAAAGAUUUUAUCAGAAAAAUAGAAGAUAUUUUUCAAUCGUGUAUGCAUACGUGAAUCAAUUUACUUGUAAAGAAAGAAAGAGCAACGGUAAAAAUAAGAAGAAAAUGAUGUUAUUGUUGAACAAUUUUAUCAUAUCCAUGGAAGGAACUGCAAAAAUUGAUAUAUUAAAAAUAUAUUACAUAUUACGUAUGCAUAUAAUAAUAUUAAUAUAGCGAUAUAUUGUAUCAAAGGAGAAAUAUCGUUUUUGAGAGGCAAGGUGUUCGAGAGCUGUGGUCGACGAAUGACAAACGAUUUCUACGAAAAAUAUUGUAUUUCCGUUGUUAUUCCAACUUUAUUUCCAUGCUUCAGGUUUUCGAAAAUCAGCACUUUUUAUGAAAUGAAAAACUUGACAAGAGUUAUACUUUAAAAUUCAAUUUAUAAAUUUAUAAACUCGUCAAGUUUUAUUUAUUAAAUUUAUUAAAAAUUUCUUUAUAAUUGUAUCUUAUUAUAUUAUUAUAUUAAUGUAAAAAUUAUUUAUUUGUGUUUUUUCAUAUGAUUGAAAUUCAUAAGAUCUCGUUGAUAAUUUUGAGAUUAUAUUAUUACUUUUCACGAUUGAUAAUAUCGUUAUUGAUGCACAAAUAAUUUUACACGACUGUGAAGCUCUUUAAUCGUGCUAGUGACUCGCAUCCACUUGCAUUCUUGCAACGAAAAUGUGUUUAUGAAACUGUGAAUAUAUAUAAAAUAAUAAUUAAGUAACGUUUAUCAUGCA